AGCUGUCAAAAGUAUUGGCGAAUGGCGAGGGGUUUAAUUAUUUGAUUCACUGUUUGAGUUUGUACCUUGUGUAUAUCUCUGUACUUUCUUAAAAUUACAAAUUGAAGGUAUGUUUUAGUUGGUUUUAUAUUAGUGACUUAUGAAGAUUACCUCACCCUAAAAAAAGGGGGCUAUGACAAACAACAUCAGUGGAUAAGCAAAUUUUUACAAUUUGUUGCAAACACGACAAGAAAAGGAACUAAGAUGCAAACUAUAAAGUGUGUUGUGGUUGGAGAUGGAGCAGUGGGAAAGACUUGCCUGCUUAUCAGCUACACAACAAAUAAAUUCCCAUCAGAAUAUGUGCCAACAGUAUUUGAUAAUUAUGCAGUCACCGUCAUGAUUGGAGGAGAGCCAUACACCCUUGGGCUCUUUGAUACUGCAGGACAGGAAGAUUACGAUAGGCUUAGACCUCUGAGUUACCCACAAACAGAUGUUUUCCUUGUUUGCUUCAGUGUAGUGAGUCCAAGUUCUUUUGAAAAUGUUAAAGAAAAGUGGGUACCUGAAAUAACUCAUCAUCAGCAAAAGACACCAUUCCUUUUGGUAGGGACACAGAUAGAUUUACGAGAUGAUCCAGGAACCAUGGAAAAAUUGGCGAAAAUCAAACAAAAGCCAGUGUCACUAGAACAAGGAGAGAAACUUGCAAAGGAACUAAAGGCAGUGAAAUAUGUAGAAUGCUCAGCUUUGACACAGAAAGGAUUGAAGAAUGUGUUUGAUGAAGCGAUUCUGGCUGCAUUAGAGCCUCCAGAGCCUGUAAAGAGAAGGAAAUGUGUCAUGCUGUAAGAUUAACCAGCUUUCACUGGUCUCAUACGCUUUUUCUGAUUCAGUGUGCGAGGCUUUUUUAUAACUGUAAUAUUUGACUUAUUUUAAAAGCCCAUUAACAAAUAUGAUAUAAUAGAAAUACAUGUUUAAAUAGGACACAUGUGUCAAUAUUACAGUAUAUGGGGUAGCAAA